AAAACGAGGUCGCUUUGUAUCACAAAAAGAGAUAAUACUAGACGUGGAUAUGAUACAAGAGUUACCACAAGACGGGAUUGAAGAAGAAGAAAUGCCACAAGUAGAACCUAUAGAAGAAGUUAUUAUAAUACAAGAAAAGGCUGCUAAAGUAAAAAAAGCACCAUAUACUGGAAUGUCGAGAACAACAGCCUGGAGGAAGAAACAAAAAGUUAAUACGUCGUUAAAUAUUGAAGCAUCACCUGAUUUGUCGCAUCUGUUUCUGGCUGCUAAUAUUGUAAAACAAUUACAAUCACCACAACCACCUUUUGCAGUAUUAUUAGCAAAUGCCUUGUUAUUAGUAAAUUUAACAUGA